GAAGAGCGAUCGUCGCAAAUUUCGUUGUACGAGACGGCCAACGCCGAAGACACGUUGACGGAGGAGCGGGAGGAAAUCAGCGUGUCUCUAGACGGCCGCGAAGUGUCCGUCUCUCUGUACGAAACGCCCGAUUUGACGGAAGAGGAGGCCCAGCAGAUUGUCGAACUCUUUGCCGAGGAAUUGUCCGAAAGGAUUUCGUACCGCAACACGACCGAGUUGCCUCCGUUGCGAUUUACGCGCGAGACGGCCACGUCCGGCUCGCUGCUGAUGGAGGCUGUCGUCAUCGACGUGCCGAUGGAAAUCAACGGGUCGGCUGACUUCUCUUUGGAGAGGACUCUGAGCGAAGUGUCGUUCGAAGAAGCGCCAACAGAGGCCGACAUUGAAGAACUCUCGGCCAUGGAAGCGUUGAUCAUCGAGGAGGCGGACCAGCGCAACGAUCCGUACUUCCUGGACGACUUGACCAUCCCCGACCUGCCCUACGAGGUUAACGACGUUCGCCGAUCCAUCACGGGCCUGCAAGAAGCGUUGCUCGUCCAGGAAACGUGUCUGUCGGACAGAGAGCGGCCGCUUCAUCUGGAAUCGCACAGCGGAGGCGCCACCCCGAUCGUCAUGUCUCCACGUCGAUUGAGCGUCGAACACGAGCAACUCAGAGUUCUCGACGAUUAUCAAAUCAUCUCUGCCGAUGGCAUCCAAUCGCCUGUCGAUGCCGACUAUUAUUCGCCGCUGGAAUACUCGGACAGCUGCAGCGUUUUGCUCACCUCGCCCAAAACGGAUUCUCCCGCGCAAGAAGCGCUUUGCGUGGCGACGCCCACCGUCCAGCAGCAGCCAGCUGUUGUCGACCAACCUGUCGUAAUGGCAACGCCGCUUUCUGAUUUUGCCGCCACGGUGCCGGCGGAUGUACCGCAAUCUGCCGCCAAGGGCAGAAUUGAGAGUUUGAUCGUGUCCAAUAAAAGCUCGUUGGACAUUAGGGAAUCGGCCGACGAGACGGAAACGUCAGCCGACGAGAAUUCGCAACGACGGGCGAGCGUCGUCGAAGCGCCACCAUGCGCAUCGCUGGAGAGAGAAAUGCAGACGGCGUCCAACGAACUGGAACAGGCGGAAGAAGCCGGAGCAAUACCGUUGAUUGAGACUGGCCAAUCCAACAGCGUCCUUGUUGAAUCGGCACUGUCAGCUGUCCAUCUGGAGUCUGAUCAAACUUCCGGUGCGGAUGGGGUGGAAUCUGGUGCAGAAGGGGAUCCGUCUGCGCUGAUGCCUAGCGAUGGAAGAAUUCAGGUCACAGAGCAGCAGGGAGAUGCGACAUGUGUAGAGGAAUGCUGGAACGAGGCCAGCCGUCUGGCAGCAGCCGUGGACACUGUAAUGGAUGAGGCAUCCGUAGAAGAUCAUGGAGUUGAAUUGGAACAAUAUCCAUCCACGUCAUCUGCUAGCGAUGCUGGCCGCUUGCUGGGCUCUGGCCAAGAAGACGACACGAAGGGGCAGAGCUUCGACACGGUCCGAGAUGAACAAGAGAUUCUCUCUUCCGCAGAUGCGGCUCAUCCUAGUCCAGCAAUUGGGGAGGCUGCCCAUCAAGGUAGCCAUUCGAAUGUUCGAGUAACAGAUGCAACGACAGGAUCAAAGGUGGAGCAAACGUCGGCUGCAUCAUCGCCAAUUAUUGCAGAACAAUGCGGCGACGUGCCGCUGCAUUUCCAAGAAGUCGAUGAUUGUGCAACAAAGGAGGUCGGCGCUGCUGCGGAGCUUCUUGGAAACGUGACGAUCGACACGCCAUUCGCAAUUACGGAGAGCGAAGAGUCAUGCGCUACACGCCAAUUCCAAGUGAAGUCUGACGAUGAGCCUGUAAUUCGAGGAGAAUCAGCAGCCGCAGAAGAGAAAGAACUGGAAAUUGAGACGGUGACCGGCAAGGCUGAAGAAGAGGCCGCCCUUGUUGGUUUAAUUCAGAAAGACAUUGAAGGGUUAUGCCUUCAAAAGGACGCUGGAGAUGAUAAUCGAAUCGAGAAAGACGUUGGUGGACCGCAGGUGCUUGCGGAUGACGCUAAAGAAGUCAAUCAAGUUGAGACUGACGUGAAACUCCAACAAGUGGCGAGCAAGAAAGAGAUUAUGCAGGAAGUUGGAGAACAGAAGGAUGUAGAGAAAAUUGAAUCAGUAGAGCCGGAAGAGAUUUCGAAACUUGCUGACGAGAAACGCCAAAUACAAGAAGAAUCAAAUCAGUCAGAGUCUGGUGAUAAAGAUGUCGAGGCCCAUACUGAUGAUGUUGAAAUUAAAGCGCCACAAGAGGAGGCCAAAGAGGAUGAGCAAUUCAGGAAGGAAGCUGAGACGCGAGAACCGUCCCCACUACCAGCCGAAGAAAAGGAGCACGUCAACAAAGAGGUCGAAAGGCAAGACGAGCAGAUAAAAGACGAAGAGCAGCAGACCGUUUUGAAUGUUGAGGACAUUCAGGAGACAAUGGACACACGUGAACGUCUAAGUGAUGCAGCCGAAAAGGAAGCGAAGGAGAAGGAGCUCGUCGUUAAAGAAGCCGAGGCCAAAGAAAGAAUAAGGAAGGACAUUGAAGAAACUGAGCGCAUGCGCAAAGAAGCCGAUGAAAAAGAGAUGCUGCAAAGGCAAGCCGAAGAAGAAGAGCGUCUCUUAAAAGAGACGGAAGAAAAGGAGCGUCUUCUUAAAGAAGCGGAAGAAAAAGAGCGGCUCAUCGAAGAGGCUAAAGAAGCUGAGCGUCUUCAAGAAGAAGCUGCUGAACAAGAACGACUUCUGAAAGAAGCCGACGAAAGGGAGUGCGCUAAGAGAGAAGCUGAAGAACAAGAGCUUCGAGCUAAAGAGGCUGAAGAACAAGAGCGUCUUCUUAGAGACGCGGAAGAGAAAGAAUGUCGUUUGAAAGAAGCUGAAGAGCGAGAACGUCUCGUGAAAGAAGCCGAAGAAAGCGAGCGUCUUCGCAAAGAAGCCGAAGAAACCGAGCGUCUUCGUCUUGAAGCUGAAGAAAUUGAAAGACUUCACAAAGAAGCUGAAGAAAACGAGCGUCUUCGUCUUGAAGCUGAAGAAAUUGAACGACUUCACAAAGAAGCUGAAGAAAACGAGCGUCUCCGCAAAGAAGCCGAAGAAACCGAGCGUCUUCGGAAAGAAGCUGAAGAAAACGAGCGCCUUCGUAAAGAAGCUGAAGAAAACGAGCGCCUUCAGAAGGAAAUUGAGGAGAAAGAACGUCUCGUGAAAGAAGCCGAAGAAACCGAGCGCGUCAAGAAAGAGGCUGAAGAAAAAGAGCGACAUAAGAAGGAAAUUGAAGAGAAAGAACGCCUUGCGAAGGAAGCUGAAGAACAAGAAUGUCGCCUUAAAGAAGCCGAGGAAAAGGAGCGUCUGAGGAUAGAAGCUGAAGAACAAAGCCGUCUGAGACAAGAGGCUGAACAGGAAGAGCGUCUCCUGAAAGAAGCCGAAGAAAAGGAACGUGCCCUUAAAGAAGCCGAAGAACAGGAACGUGCCAUUAAAGAAGCUGAAGAAAAGGAACGCCUUCUGAAGGAAUCUGAAGAAAAAGAACGCCUUGCAAAAGAAGCUGAAGAAAAAGAGCGGUUGAAAAUUGAAGCUGAAGCAAACGAGCGUCUCAUACAAGAAGCUGAAGAAAAGGAACGUUUAAUACAAGAAGCUAAAGAAAAUGAACGUCUCCUCAAAGAAGCCGAAGAAAAGGAACGUCUCAUAAAAGAAGCUGAGGAACAAGAACGUCUUCUUAAAGAGGCCGAGGAAAACGAGCACCGCGCCAAAGAAGCCGAAGAAAGGGAACGUCUUACGAAAGAAGCCGAGCAAACGGAGCGCAUCAAGAAAGACUCUGAAGAACGAGAACUCCUCCUCCAAGAAGCUGUUGAACGAGCCUCUCUCGCUGUAGAAGCCGACGAAAUGGAGCGACUGAAACAAGAAGCUGGACAAAAUGAAGGCCUUCCAAAAGAUCCCGCGCCAAAUGCUGCGGAAGAAAAAGAAGUUAAUGGCCAAGGAAUUCCCGCCGAGGAAACGAAUCGUAAACAAGAACCGAUCGAAGGGAGUGCGCGUGAUGAAAGCCAACAGAUUUCCGGAAGACCGGAAGCCACAACGUCUUCCUUCCUCUCGUCUGGAGCGCUGCGAUCGGUGGACGCCAGCCUUCCACGACGCAGCGAAACGUCCCAUUUGAUGACUGAAAAACCGUCCGGCCGGACGGAAUGCCAGCUGCUUGAAAGCAGCACCUCUUCAAUCGAAUCUUCACUAACCGAAGACGAGCUGAUUGCCAAGCAAAUCGAGGAGGAGAAACUCAAACGGCGACGGGAAGCGGCCGAAAGAUUAGUGCGAGAACAGGAACGAGAAGCUUCCGGCCAGACUGAAGACGACGUCGCUGCCGGGAGGCGCGAAGAGAGACUCCGCCUGGAGCAAUGCGAGCUGCAUCAAACCGUGGACGAGCACAUCCGCAAGCAGCAGCAGCAGGAGGAGGUCAUCCAGCGCGAAUCGGAAGAAGAAAAGAUUCGUCUCCAGAAGCAGAAGGAGGAGGAGAGGCGCCUCAAGUUGGAAGAAGCUGAAAAACUGCGCAGGGAAGUCGAGAUCCAGGAGCGUCAGCGGCGCGAGGAAAAGGAAGCGAAGCGACUGGAAGCGGAAAGGAUCCGGCGCGAGGAAGAGGCGCAGGAAUGGAUGCUGAAAGAAAGAGAGCGCCUCCGGCUGGAGGAGGAAAUUGAACGGCUCGAAUCGGAGCGCCUCCGCAUGAAAGAAGAGCGGCGGCUGCGUCAGGCCAAGGAGGAGGAAGAGGAACGCCUCCGCAGGAGGAGCAGCUUCGCUUGA